UAGAAACACACGCGUUCAAACUACAUGACUUUACAGCGGAAGUCUUUCUCAGUGUCUUCCCCUCCCAUCAAAGGAUAACUGUACCUUUCAGUUUGACAGAAGCGUGAAGGGAUGUCUGUAAAGAUGGACAAGGAUGAGGAGGGGAAUUCUGGUUCAGGAGUUGCAGUCGUAGAGACCAAUCGAUUUGGCUUUAUUCUAGGUAAUGGAGAGACUGACAGUGAUGCUCCAUGUCCUGAGUUAGUGAGACAUCGAGAGAUAAAGUGGCUCGGCCUCAUUAAACAAUGGGAUCAAGUGAUGGAGAAAAAGAACAACAAGGUCAAAGGUCAAUGUCAGAAGGGCAUCCCAACAUCUGUCAGGGCUAGGUGCUGGCCACUGCUCUGUGGUGCUUUGGGCAGAAUGAAACAAAAUGAAAAACUCUAUGAACGUCUGGUUGAAGCUCCAGAUCAGCAGGGAUGGACAGAUAUCAUCAAAAGAGACACAGAUCGACAAUUCCCCUUCCAUGAGAUGUUCCUGUCCAAAGAUGGCCAUGGUCAGCAGAACUUGCUGCAGGUUCUGAAAGCGUACACUCAAUACAAACCAGAAGAGGGUUACUGUCAGGGACAGGGACCAGUGGCGGCUGUACUUCUCAUGAACAUGCCAGCUGAGGAGGCGUUUUGGUGUUUGGCACAGAUUAGUGAGCACUACCUUCCUGGUUACUACAGCCCUCUGCUGGAAGGAGUUCUAUUCGAUGCUGCUGUUCUCUCGAGUGUGUUAAAAAAAUUGUGUCCGGCCGCACACAAACACUUACAGAAUCAGGGGGUGGAGCCUCUCAUGUUUGCCACUGAUUGGUUAAUGUGCCUCUACAGCCGCCACCUGCCGUUCAACACACUUCUCAGAGUCUGGGAUCUCUUCUUUUGCUAUGGUGUGCGUGUGUUAUUUCAGGUCGCUGUGGUGCUGGUGCGGCGAUGUCUCGGAGAAGGACGACAGCGUAAAGAAUGUGAUGGGCAGAUGGAAACCCUGGAGGUUCUGCGUGGGGUUAAACAGCGCGUCCAAAAUGAUCAGACUGACGCCUUUAUUCACGAGGUAUGUUCUGUGCCGUUAUCAUCGACGGACCUGCAAAAACAAAUAGAUAAAGAGAUGGAGAAAUGGAAAAAAGAAAGACCGGACUCGACGUUUGAUCCUCGAGGCCGCUGUCACGGAUACCGCAUGGCCUGGGAGAGAGUGCAGAAUAAACAAAAGGAAAACGAAAAGAAGGACAGAGUAAAAGCGAGCCUGACUCUUCCUCUGAUGCGUUCACAUUCCUCUCUCUCGCCUUCUGGUCUGCGCAAGAAAUGGAGGAAGAGACGAAGCAAAACUGACACAGAGGAGUGGGACGGAGGGGGGAGAAAGUUCUCGCAGGGUAUGAUGGAAGAGAGCGAUGAUGGAGAGAUGAGGAGGAGAAGUGUGUGUGGUGUCGUUGGGGAACAGAGAGCCAAACAGGACAGACUAGCAGAUGAGCUCCACACGCACAAACAGAAAGACCACAGCAAAGACGUAAACAUCUCAGUGGUGGUGACCUCCAGCGUUGACUCUGAUGUUUUCGAGGAAGAGCGUGAAGAGACAGCGUGUGUGUCGCAGACGCAAGGUGUGAUGGAGACAGAUUCUAGAUGCGAGGAUAAGUUACAUACACAUAGAGAUAAUCAUGAGGAAGAUACAGAAAGUCCUCUAAUCCAACAAAAAGAUAACUCACCUGAAGGACAAGAUAAACGUGAUGCAGAAAAAAUAGCUGCAUGUGGUGUGUUGGAGAGCAAAGAGACACAUAAUCAUGAGCCGAUAUCGGAAGGAGAGACAUGUCAAGAUGAACAGAUAUUGGAAAGAGAGACAAGUCAAGAUGAAAAGGAAUCAGAAAGAGAGACACGUGAAGAUGAACCAAAAUCAGAAAGAGAUGAAGCGAUAUCGGAAAGAGAGACAUGUAAAGACGGACCGAUAUCGGAAAGAGAGACAUGUAAAGACGGACCGAUAUCGGAAAGAAAGACAUGUCAAGAUGAACCGAUAUUGGAAAGAGAGACAUCUCAAGGUGAACAGAAAUCAGAAAGAGAGACAUGUGAAGAUGAACCGAUAUCGAAAACAGAUACAUGUGAAAAUGAACCAAAAUCAGAAAGAGAUGAACCGAUAUCGGAGAGAGAAACAUGUCAAGAUGGACCAAUAUCGGAAACAGAGACAUGUGAAGAUAAACCAAUAUCGGAAACCGAGACGUAUCAGGAUAAACAAAAAUCAGAAAGAGAGCUAAAUUGGAAAGAUCAACAGAACAUAGAAAAGCAGGAACACCAAAAUGAACAAAAUGUGGAAGUUCAGAUAACUUCGAUAACUUCAGACUUAGGCAAAGAAAACAUACCAACUACCGAGACAUCACAAGCAAAUUAUGAUUUACAAAAGGACAUACAGAACCACUCUGGUAAACAGGAAGAGGAAAUACAGUCAGAUAGCAACAAUCAGAAAGAUGAAAUACAAGAAGGGGACUGUAAACCAAAAGGACCUGAAAAAGAGAAACGCACUUCGCAAAAAGCCGAAAACACCCGUGAAGUGGAGAAAAGUAUACAAAACCAGGAAAACACCCUUGAGACAGAAGAACAGACACACGUCCAAGACUCAAGAACUCACACAUACAGCGUUGAACAUGAAGACGACGUACAUUUAGAAAGACAGAAAGGAAACACAGAAACCAUUGGUGAGAUCCAUACUGAUGUAGAGAAAGCAAGAGUUCAGCGAAAUGUGGUCAGUGAUGUACAGAUCCCUGAGGAGAGAGAGAUAACAGAGCACUCAAACAGCACAAGAGAUGAUAAUACAGGAAGUGAGGAAAACAGACAGGAAAUAAGCCUAGAUGAGAGAGAUCGUGACAGUCAUAAAGCUAGCAAAGAGAUGAUGCAAACAUGUGAAACAGUGCCAACAUCAUCCUCUGUGAAAACAGAAAGUGAAUUCACAGUUCAGAGUUUAGAUCGUCUUGUACAGCAAUUUCAGACCAAUAACAGUCAUUUGGAGUCCAAAGAAGUGGAAGUUACAUUGAGUGCUGCCGAAAUCCCUAAUUCUCAAGUAGAGGACACAACAGUGGCAUCCGAAGAUGGUGACAUGGAUACAGCCGCUGUUGCAACAUAUGAUAUUAGUGAGCUCAGCCCGGAAAACAGUGCAGGAAACAAAACAGCUCUAUCUGAAAAUGCAAAAUCUUGUGAGGUUAUUUCUACUGAAAAAUCAAGCAACCUUGAAAACAAGGGAGAGUUUGGUGCAUGUAUAUCUGGCAACCCAGAAAACAAUGACAAUGUUGGAAAUAAUUUUGGAAAGCUAGGAGACAAGGACCAACUUAAAGAUGGAUCUGCCAACCUAGAGAGCAAUGAGGUGCAUGUUACAGCUCAAUCUGGCAACCAAGAAAGCAACGUGCAUGUUAAACCUGAAUCUGGCCAUCCGGGGAAAAAUACAGGAGAGGGAUCUGGCAACCCAAGAUGUGAUGAUUCUGCUGGAUCUGGCAACGAUUGUGACAGUCAGUUAGAAUCCUCCUCUUCAAGUACACCUUCCAAAAUCCCAAACAUCCCACCAGCUCACCUCUGUUUGCGCAGGAUGUCCAGCUCAAAGACAUCCUAUCCCACAAUCCUCUCUGAGGACACCUUUAGAGAGCCAAAGCAGAUGAGCACUGAUCACAUGCAUACCUCAAAAGAGACAAAUACACCAAUGACAGAUGUGUCAUCUCCACUCAUACGUCAGCCUGAAAUGAACAACACAUCCAAACCAGAAAACACACAAGUGACCAAAUCAGACACGCAGACAAAAACAAGCACUCCUAAACGCCUGGGACUGUUCCGCCGACUCCGUGGAGAUGCCAAGAAAACCCCCGUCCCUAAAAUCCUCAUUCAGGACUUUAGCGAUAAAGAGGAGAAGCUGACCUCAAAGGAGAGGAGACGUCGAAAGAGAGAGCAGGAGAGAAAAGAGAGGGAGGAGAAAGAGAGAAAGAAACAAGAGAAAGAAAAGGACAAACAAAGAGAGAGGAAGAAGCCUCAGACGAGAGGGAAGAGCUUUCAGGUGCUCAACAGGAAGUGCGCCGAAAAUGACGUGUCCUCCGGGAGCGUUGACUCCCAGGCGGUUCGCUGCCGGAGAAAUUCUGCCCCUUUUUCAGACAGUUACUUUUAAACAGUCAGAGACAA